GUCUAGAGGCAGCCUCCAGACUUCCUUCCACCUCUACAGCGACCGGAUGCUAAAGCGCCGCCAUCUUCUUAUACGUCAAAUCGUCGUGGUCUUAUGCAAAUCUCAAUCAAUCGUGUGUUGUGCAUGAGAACUUGUACGACGACCAAAACCUAGUCGGGUAGCUGCUGCAUAGUAUCUAGAUUUACUUAGUCUUAGAAGUCACACAACAUCUUCACUAAAUUUGUUCGUAGUUAAAAGAGAGAUUUUUCCUAUUGAUAUUCUUAAUCACUUAAUCGAACAAGCAAUAAAAUCUGAAGCAUUCAUGAUUUAUAUCAUCAAGCAAAAUCUAAUCCAAUCCCAAAAAAAAUCUAUCAGUGGUUUUCAACAAAAAUUCUUGCAUUAUUUUUUUCAUCUUGUAUAAUCAAUAACAGAUAGACCACUCGUCAAACUCUUCAACCUCCAUUUUCUAGGUUUUACUCUGUAAAUUAUUUGUUCAAUAAUCUUCAAUGGGAGGAGGUUGUACUAAGGUACUACGGGAAAUGAAAUAACUUAAUUUUUUGUUGCAUCGAGGAUCGACGUUGUAUGUGAUGAUAUAAGACUCGACGACGUAACGAAUUACUUUCUCAUAGUAAAUAUCGGGGUGUAAAAAUUAAUGAUAGCAGUAAUUGGGGUUUCUGCAUCUACAACUGGCGACUUUGAAGAUGCAUUACCGGAAAAAGCAGCAUAACCAUAGUUCCGGUAGUACUAGUGGAGAGCAUCAACCCGGUGCUGCAGCUAGUAGUACUGGUUCUGGUACGACUUGUACGGCAGCUAGUACAAUUAUGGCACAGAAAAACCCAACCCUUUACACAGCCCAUUCUUCUCAUUCCCCUUUUACACAAGGGGAAUCCAUACUGGGUUGCUGGCGUAAGGUUGGGCUUUUCUCUUCGCUAAUACAACAGCAGCAGCAGAGAAAGAGAACAAUACCAGAAGUACCAACAAGAACAGUACUUCAGCAGAGAAAGAGAACAAUACUAGAAGUACCAACAAGAACAGUACUUCUACUACUAGUACUACGAAUGCAUCAGUUCUUGCCUCAUCGGUCAAUGAAGUAGAGAAUAAAGACAAAGAGUCAACAACAAGAGCAGGCACUGCAGCCUCUACUAGUACUUCUGCUGCUCCUUCCACCAGUGCCAUCUCCAGUACUAGUAGUGCUAGUGCCGUAGCUGCUCCUUCUGCAGGAGGUGGAGGGCAUCAAAAUCACCAUCAGCAUCAUACGCCGCAGCUCGUUUAUCGUGAAAAGCACGGAGGAAAUAGUUCUAGUAGUAAGAAGCAAAAUCGAGUUUUCUACAAGGAGAAACAAGUUGCUUCGACUUCGAGUUCAUCGAGCCAUCAAAUUCAACAUGUAGCUCCUACAACGAGGACAUCUUCCUCCUCGCCAACUCUUGCCUCUUCAGGCGCUACGUCUGCGAGUACGAGUGCGUCUGGGUCCUCUGGUGCAUCCUCAAGCUCAAGUGGACAUCAACAACAACACUCGUCCAGUGGACAUCAACAUACGCAUACUAAGAACUCUCGUGCUUCAGGUAGUGGCGCACAAGGAGACAGUUCAGGUGGAUCGGCCACGUCUUCUAAAAAGACCACUUCUAGUACUGAGCGUGAGGAUCGUACAGCUACUAAAACAGUUUCUAGCAUUUCUAGCAGUGGCAACAAAGCUGAGGGAGCACAACAGUCCUCUGCCACGACUGUCAAGGAGCACCAGCAACAAUCAUCUACGAACAACUACAACUCCUCCUCAGGAAGUGGCAACAACAAGAAGAGUUAUCUCUCUACUGUAGUAGGUGGUGGCCCACCAGCAGUGUCAUUGUCUGUGACAGGUAGUACAACAGAUUCUGCGGUUGGAGCAGAACAGUCUACUUCGUCAACGAACCACGGAAACAAUAACAACAACAAGAAAGCGAAAGAGUGGAAACCGACUUGGAAAAAGUUGUAUAAUCGGACUCCGCAAGUCGUGUCUUCAAAUAAAGGGCAACAGCAUCAUCAGAAGGACAGUUGUAAUCCUCCUACUAGUAGUUGCGGAGCGACGACCACUACUAGUUCGAGUUCCGCUCAACAUCAAACAAGUCAUAGCACAACCAGUCAAACGCACACAACUAGUACUAGUAGUACUGGUACUCAUAAAAGCGCUCGUUCUACUAGUAGCAUAGCUCCUCCUACAGCUGGUUCAGUUCCUACAGCUGGAGGUGGCUCAUCUGCUCCUGAAUCUUCUGGGAAGCAGUCUCAUUCUCAAGGAUCCAAAACGAAGAUGCCGUCAACGACCACAAAUAGUAGUAAUGCAGUACUAGUAGGAGGCUCAUCUUCUUCGUCUACGACUACGAAACAAGGAGGAGGUAACAUUAUACAAUGUCGAAAGAGAUGUUUUGUGUGACAGUUCAUGUUGUAGCGUUGCUUUCGCAAUUUGAAUUGAAGUCUCAUAUUCAUUGCUCAUCAACUGCACUUUGCUUUAUUAAUAUUGCUGUCUUUUUUCAGUACGGGUGGAUGUUGAGUCGAUCAAAUCUUCAACUUCUUACUUUGCAUAAUUAACCAGACCUCCUGCCAGGCACAUCAAUCAAUCAGUCAAUUCUUCUUGCUAUUAUUCUGCCCCACAACAUCACCCAGGUGCACCAGCUCCACCGCCAGCAGCAACUCCUGUCGUCAAGGCACUUCCUGACAUUUCCGACACCACUGACCCUUGGGAGUUACCAAUCGAAGUGCUAGAAAAACGGAAUUUAGACCUACUAGUGCUAGAACAGCGUGAGCGUGCAACGGCAACAGCGACAGCGAGACGAAGAGGAGGACAUGGCGCUCCCGGCGAUCUCAGACAUGUCCGCCAUUUUCAUACAUCAAAUAACAUGAAAAAUAUGGAAGGAGACAACGCUGAACAAAAACCUGGAUCACAUGGACAUGAACAAGAUGUAGAGCAGCGCAUGGAGAGCAACCCUGGAUCAUCCUCUGCGACUGCAACUUCUGGUGCGUCUUCUUCAUCUUCAAAAUUUUCAAAUUUGGUAGGAGGAGGAACGCCAGGACCUGGAGUCGUCGUUACUACUACCCCAAAAAUUCCGACAGAGAGUCCACCAUUUACGGAAAGGAAAAAUACUAAUACGAAUAAUUUUCUUUUUGAGUGAGUGUGUCUACUUUGUGAUUGCUCUGAUCGUGAUGUUGAUGUUCACGUUCUUUCUAUAAUUUUUCACGAAUCGUUUGAGUUUGUUACUCACUGACUCCUUCAUCUUCUUGGAAUCUAGAAGAAAGUCAAACUUUAAAUCUUUUCCAAUAUCAUGUUUACACUUCUAAUCUUGCAGGAGCACUUGUCACAAGAACUCCUAGCGGAUCUUUAGCGCCGUCACUAUCUGCGCCGCCGACCACAGGAGCUCCUCCUGAAAGUCAUCCUCCUGCUGCGAUCACUACAGCAACGCACAGUGUUGGGGGUUCUUCACUUGCUAGAACUGCUGGAGGCGGUCGACCGCCUGCGUUGCCUAGUAGUAGUCCUCUAUUGAAGCGCGGCCCGUUGGGAGGUCAGCAGGAUUUGUUGGCUCCCAUGAUAUCUGGAGGGUCUGGAGCAGAGGGUCCCAGCACUUCUGGAAAUCCUAGUCAAAGUGGAAAUCCUAGUCAACAACUUUUUUAUCGACCGCCGCCAUUGCGACCACCAGCAAACUUAGGCCUCCCGGGAACAACAGCUAGUAGUGUUGCUGAAGAUCAUAGUGCAGGAGUAGUUGGACUUCUUGGAGAGGACUCAACUAAGACCACGAGGCAAAGGGAAAGGCGCAUAAGCAUCGAGAUUGACGAAAAUUUGCUUCGAACGCCAGACGUUGGCUUGAAUCCACCUAGUAUUCCACACAAUAUUAAUAGCGCUAGGUCUUGUUCUAUAGGUCGUGGGCCGCCUGAGCAGCCUAUUGGAGGACCUCCUUCGAGUACAACUUCUGAUAGAGUUGUAGAUAGUGGAAUAACUACUCAGCAACAGCAUCAGAACAACAACAAGAACUUAAUAUCGUCCUCAAAUACGUCUACGGGUGGUGGAUCUGGAGGUGUUACAGUCUUAGAAGUUGGCUUAGGAGCAAGAAGAGGUGGUCUAGGAGCUGAUGGAGUAUCUUCCAUACCUCCUCCAGGAACAAUCGUUGGUCCACCACACCAACACCUUCUAGAAGUAGGAUCCUCUUCAACAAGGAGAACUCCAACUGGUAAUCCUCGUGGUUCAUUGAUACAACUAGAAGAUGAGAACGGAAACCUUCUAACGGACGCGGACCACGACAUGAUUAUAGACGAGCCACGAUCAUCGCUUUUGCUGGGCGAACAGGGUUCGGUGCAAAUUGACGAUGCACCCAGCACGACUAGACGCGGUGCGAGGUUGCAAGAACAAGAGAGCACGAUAUUCAGUCCUCGUGGUGUUGACAUCAGCGGAGAAGGAGGAGCACUAGCUGUGCCGGGUCAAGGUGGCCCUGGCGCCGGUCAUCAGAGCUCAAUGCCGAUGUCUGCGAGUACUGCUAGUGGUGGUAACAACAUGAAUAGACCUGAAGGCCCACCUCUGCUUGCACCACCUAGUAGUUUAGAUGGCCCCACUGGAGGAAUGAUGAACGGAGGACCUCCUUCGCAACAUCAAGGGAUGAACUUCAACAUGAACAAUGGCCCUCCGAGUCAAAAUCAUCAAGUUCAAGGUCAUAAUAUCAACAUGAUCAAUAGUGGUCAGAACAUGAACAAUAGCGGAGGUCCUAAUAUGCCAAUGAUGAACAACAAUGGAGGUGGUGGCAGUGGCGGACCUGGUGGACCUGGCAUGAAUCUUCAGAAUCCUCCUUCUAGUACCAUGAUCAACGUUAAGGCUUAUCUUCCUUAUCCAUCUUCUGCGGCAUCCUGAAGAGGCUUUCAAGGGGAAACGGACCCAGGAUGCGCCUCAAGAUGGAUGGGUGUGAGCUCUAACAACGGACCUAACGUGCCGAGCAACAUGGGGAUGGGUGGCCCUCUUCACAGUGCCGGUCCUCCUCCGCAAGUCCAAAAAGGGCCGCCAGUUCCCGCAGGGCCAGGUCCUGGAGGGAUGAAUAUGAUCGGCGGCGGGCCGCGAAAUUGGAACAACAACGGCGCAGGAGGUGGUCCGCCUCGUGGUCGAUGGUCUGAACAAUCGGGGAUGAGUUCUUACAACAUGAUGAAUGGCGGAGCAGGUGGAGGCGGUAACGGUAACAAGGAUGGUAGUUCUUACAUGGGAGGUAGUACUAAAGGUGGUGGAGGAGAGCAUACUAGUAACAACAUGUUUGGUGGAGGAGAGCAGCGUAGAGGUGGUCAAAUGUCAUCAUCCCAGCAUAAUGGAGGAGGCGGAGGUGGUCCCUUGAACUUUGUUGAGAUCAACACUGGCGGUCCUCCUGGUAAUGGUAAUAUGGAUCAUCUGUCUUCAUCAUCAAAGGGUGGACCCGGUGGCAACAUGAUGCGUGGAGGAGGGUCAGGUGGGCCUAAUGCUGCCGGAGCUGGUGGCCUUUCCAGAGGUGGCGGCUACAGUGGAGGUGGUGGUGGUCCGCGUGGCGAGAAUUCUUACCAUCGUAGUUCUGCCAAGGAAGGCUUCGGAGGCGGUGGCGGAAAAGGCAAUGACUCCUACAAUGGCAAUGGGGGUGACCACAAGCACAACAACUCCUACAUGUCCAACAAUGUGAACUCAACAUCUUCUGGAGGCGGCGGCCCUCAUAAUUCUCAGCAUAACAACAAUUCCUAUGCCCGAUCUUCGUCGUAUCAUAACCAUGGGCAUCCCAAUUCAGGAGGAGGAGGACCAAGAGAAGGUCAUCAUGGUGGAGGUGGUGGAGGCUAUAACAAUUCAUCCGGAGGGGGAGGUAAUAAUUCCAGUAGGGAACACAACCAUAACAUGAACUCGUCCUACAACAACUCAUCAUCCCAUGGUGGUUAUGGCGGACCUCGCGGAGAAGGAAGAGGAGGUGAACAAGGUUCAGGUGGUUACAACAACGGCGGAGGAGGUUCUUUAGGUGGUCCUCAUUCCUCACAUCACGGAGGAGGUGGUGGUUCAGGCGGAUAUGGCGCCUCAUCUUCAUUCCGCGAUCAUCCACGCAGUAGAGAUGGAGGCGGCCACAACAGCUUUUAUGGUAGCGCUGGUGGUGGUUCUCGUGGUGACGGCUUUUAUGGCAGCAGUGGUGGUGGUGGAGGUGGUGGUGGUUUUUCAAACUACAAUGGAGGCGGUGGUGGCUUUUCAAACUACAAUGGAGGCGGUGGUGGCUUUUCAAACUACAAUGGAGGAGGUGGUGGCUUUUCAAACUACAACGCAGGUGGUUCCUUCCACCCAUUCCACGAAACUACAUCUGGCGGAGGUCGUGGAAUGGGUGGAAAGGACAACGAGGAGUUCGGUCCGAGAAGGUACAACGGUCAUAAUUAUCCCGGGCCAAGUCACCACCAUCGCUCGUCGGCGUCCUGGGGUUUAGGCGGGUUUAGUGGGAGUACAGGCAGUACUAAGGGAGGAUCAUCUACUUCUAAGGGAGGAGGUGGUCCGAUCACGGGUUCAUCUUCUCGUGGCAUGACAGCGGUCGAAGCUGCCUUAGCUGACGUGGUGGCGAGAACAGGCUUUGGCUCUGGGGUCGGAGGACAGAAGGAUGGCAACAAUAACAUGGGUGGAGGUGGAACAACGGGAGGUCAGAAUAACAAUAACAGCGGUGCUGGAAUGCCGCCGCAGAGGAUGCAGCAACUAGGUGCUCAUGGUCUGCCACCCUCAGCAACGAAGUCUGUCCUUGUCGGCCCUAACAAUGGAGGACCACAACAACAGCAAGGUGGUGGAAACAAUAAUAUGCAGAUAAUGGCGGGACAGAUGAAUCAGAACAUGAACCAGAACCAGAUGAACCAAAUGAACAUGAAUCAGAUGAACAUGAAUCAGAUGAACAACCAGGCUGGAGGAGGUAACGGCAUGAACAUGAUGGGGAUGGGAGGUGCUGGAAAUAAUCAGAUGCAGCUUCCUGGAGGUGGUAACAACAACAUGAACAUGGUAGGCGGGGGCGGGGCGAUGUCAAUGAAUAACAGCAUGGGCGGUGGGGGCGCGAUGCAGAUGCAGGCUAUGCCUAAUCAGAUGCCUAAUCAAAUGCCGCCAGUUCAACAGGGAGUCCCUGGCGGCAAUAUGCUGAUGAAUCCACCCAACAUGAACAACAUCAAUAUGAUGUUGAUGCAGCAACAGCAGCAGAUGGCACAACAAAACAAUAUUGGCAGCAACAUGGGGGGCAACGUCGGAGUUGGUAAUAUGAGCAACAAUAUGCCGAACCCCAAUAUCGGUGGACCUCAAAUGAGUAAUAAUAUGAUGAACAACAACAAUAAUGGUGGGCCUCUGAUGUCGAUACAGUCGAUGCAGCAGCAACAGCUGGGCAAUGUAGUUGCUGGAAACGGGAACCCUAGUGCGCAGAUAAAUGGCAAUGGGGGUAAUAACAUGAACAACGGCAACAUGAACAACAUGAAUGGAGGUGGGUUGAACAAUUUUCCGACUUCGGGGCCGAUGAACAGCAACAACAACAAUUCGACCCAAGGACAGAUGAACAAUCAAUCCUCCUCAGGGCCGAACAACAUGAACAACCCUACUUCCUCACAGGGAAUGAACAACAACAGCAGUGCGAAUGCAUCCUCGUCUUCAUCUGGUAACAACAACAACAACAACAACAACAACAACAACGCACCCAACAAUAGCCUGCCUGAGCAGCAGCAACAGCGUACGGUGAACGGCACGAUGACCGUCUUGAACGACUUUUUUCAUCCCCCUCAGAGACGCGAGUUGUUGCCGCUUCCGGCUAAUAUGGUCUUAUCAGGUCCUCCGCCACUGGGGAAUGUCAACUCUAACAACAGCAGCAGCACUGGCAACCUGAUCAAUCAUAUGUCCUCUGGUAAUGGCACUGGUAAUUCAUCUUCUACUGUUCAAGGUCAAGCACAAUCUGCAUCUGGUGAAAACGCAGCUUCUUCAUCUUCUACUUCGGGCGCAGGUCCGCUACCGAACACCAUGGUGCCACUAGUAAACAACAGCAAUACGGGUCGGGGUCCGCCGCCCAAUGUCAUGCCAGGUGCCACUAGAAGUAGUAGUCCGCCUACAGAUGUCUCAGCCUCCGGUGCUCAACAGCAAACCAAUGCUCAACAGCAGACCAAUGCUCAACAGCAAACCAAUGCUGGAGCAAUGUUGAAUAGGAACAACAGCACAGGAGAAAAUGCCGCAGGAACCCUACCAGGUACGCUGGCUUUACCAAAUCCGAACCCGAACCCGUCUGAAGCAAGUGGGGCACCAUCCAUGCACCAGAACCAAAACAACAUGAGCAUCAAUGGAGGUGGUAACAACGGUGGAGCGAAUAUAAUGUCGUCUGCAUUUAUUGGUCCACCAUUGAUAGGACCACCUAGUACUGUGACAACCACUACUCCUGGGAUGAAUCCUGCAUCCGCUCCGUGGAUGCCAACAAUGUUCGGCGCUGGAGGGGGGACAAGUGCUAGUGCCGGUCCUGGAGAUUUGAGCAACACUAGCAGCAAGGCUAUGAACCCGAACGCACCGGCGUUCAAUAGUACAGGCGCGCAACCCUUAAUGACGAGGAUAUCUUCAGGUGCUGGAAUCGUCCAUGCAGCUCCAGGAAGCUGUUCGACAAUGGAUGCGCCACCACUAGCUGGUCGUGCAUCUGCUUCGUCCUCAGCUGCGACUUCAUGUACGUCAUCGUCAAGUAGCUCUAGUUCAUCACUUCUGCCGGCUUUGGAGCACAUGCCGGAGCCACCGAGUCAAAGUGCCAUUGUGCAGCCGCCACGUCUACAGCCACCAGCCAUCUCAGCGCCGCAAUUCAACAGUGGCCCGCCAACUGCGACACCGAGUCCUGCCGCUGGCGCUUCGUCGAUGGGAGGAGGUAUGAACAUUCAAGGAAACAACAACAACAACAACAACAACAACAACAACAACAACAACAACAACAACAACAACAACAACCCUCCGGGCUCUGUUCCCUCAACAUCUUCUGUGCCUACACCGGUGUGUCCACCAACUAAUGCGUCGCCAAACAACCCAGGGGGCGGACAGCCACUCAUGCUCAACACUACUCUCAGCCUAGGAACUCAGAGUUCAUCCUGUGCUACAUCCGGAACAAGUGCAUCUUCUAGUGGCACUAACAUCGUUAACUCUACUAGUGCUGUACAACUAAACAAUACCAGUACAACCAGUAGUGGAUCUGGACCUGGAUCAAUGAUGGCCGUAGGAGGAGGCGGAGCAACCACCUCUUGUUUUAGUGGGGGACAAGAACUUGGAACAACUGGUAAAAAUUCUUCGAUGUUGACCAACAAUGGAGGUUCGGCAGCCAGUUCAGGAGGAGCAGGACUAGUACAUCAAGGCCUUUUAGUACAACAUCAGGUUCCACCAGGUGGAGACCAACUUCAGUUGCAUAAUCAAGGCAGGACUUCUUCACUUGGAGGAGGUCCUCACUUUCCUACAAACGAUCUGCAGCAAGCUAGAACCUCUUCCAUCGGUACCUUAUCCGGGGGAGGCGGCGGUGGUCACUUGGGCACUAGUGUAGCCAGUUCGAGUAGCGGAGGACCCCUCGCGCCGACGUUGUCUUCAGGAUCUUCGACCUUGAUGGGUAAUAGUUGUAACAUGGGAGGUCCGCCAAUGGUUCAUCCAGGCACGGGAGGGUCGUCGAUGAUGGGGGCAGGUUCGAUGCAGCAAGGAGGCAGCACGAGUUCGAGCAACCCCAACUUCCUAGGAGGAGGGGGAGGGCAGCAGAACAUGAGCAAACCCUCGAUGAUGAACGGGAAUGCGCCACACUUUACACCGAGUAUGAGCAUGAAUGGAGCUGGUGCUGCGAGUAUGAAUGGCGCUGGAAAUAGUAUGAUGAACGGUGUUGGUGGAGGUGCUACAGGAAACAUGAAUAGCAUGAACAAUAUGAACACUCAACAGCAUACUGGAGGAGGUGCCAAUGCAAUGGGCAGUGGAGGUGGAAUGAACUUGAUGAAUCUGAACCCUCCUGGUGCUGCAGGUGGUGCUGGAGGCGGAAAUUCAAGUCUCCCUUUUGGAGGUCCUCAAAAUCAUAACCAGGCUCAUCAUGGUGCUAAUAACAGCAAUAGUAAUAGUAUGAACGGCUCUACUGGUGGUGCAAACAACAACAACAACAAUAACAACAACAACAGCCUUCAUCAACAAAAUUCAUCCGCCAAUCAUACCGCGGCCAUGUCCCAACUGCAACAGCAACAGCAAUUGUCCUCACUGUUUGCGAACCCUCAUGCGACUUUGUUCGGUGGAGGUGGCUCACAUCAGAUGGGCCGUUUCGAGCAUGCAGCUUUGAAUGCCGCUAUGAAUCCCAUGGCAGCAAGUAGAUUUCAGCAACUACAUGCUGCCAUGGCAGCAAGUAGCACAAAUCCACUUACAUCAGUGUUAAGGCCACAAGAAAUCCACCUGCCUCAGCAUCUUGGUCCUGCCGUUUAUUUUUCAACAGGGAAUAACUACUUAUAACAAUAGAUAUUAACGGGGGACCAAGUGCAAGUAGUAGAGGAGUCUUCGCGGACGGAUGUCUCUUAGCUCUAACACUGGGUAGCGGUACUCUGCAUCAUAUGGGAGGACCUCUGUCUCCGGGGAAGGGCUUCUUAGCGAAAAAUGGACCACCACCAUGGGCAAAGCCUGCACAAUUCGGAACGGGGGGAAAAGUACUAAUACCUUUUCUAAGGUGAAAACCAAAAAUCAAACCAUGGAGUGAGUGUUCAAAAAUACUCUGCUUCGAUUACAUACUUAGAUCAACACGAUUCCUCUUGCUCUUCCUGUCCUUCAUCCUCUUAUGGUUGCUGAUGUCUCACCGUAUAACCUUACUAUGCUAUUCCGCCUACAUGUACUAGUACAAGUACCACUGGUCGUAUUCUCUAUGAUGUAAUUUUGAAGCGUAAUAUACGCAUAAGAAAUAGAAGUCACUGUCUUCACCAAUAUAAUUCCUCCACGACCACGACACAAGAACUUCCCCACUUUCACGUACACCAGGGCUUCAAUCUCGGAAAAGGAGGCGGCUACAAGAGUGGAAUGUUGCCAAAUCCAGUAAGCGACUUUCACAUCCAUGGGCCCCAUGUUGACGACCAUACCAGUUUUAGCAUGCCGGGAGGUAGAAGUACUGCAUCUAUGUGAGAUUUUGAUCUUUUUGUUGCGAUUAAGCGAGUAAUCUCCCACACCACCAGACACUUACUUUUAUUGCAGCCAACAUGACUUUUUUUACUUUGUUUUGGGUGUGGUCUGUCGAAGCACUACUUUUCUAUCAGUAGAGACACAUCAACAAAACUUGAACUCUUAUUGAAGACCUUCAUCUAAGUCUUUCCUGAAGUAGUAUCAUGAAAACAUCCACAUCAUGAUUCACUCCUCGCUAAAAACACACCAGAUCUCCACCAAAGUGGUUCACGUGGCGACCAUCAUAUGCAACACCAGGGGAUGCACAUGGGUAUGGGCGGAGGGUCUUCUUCGUCUGGAGCUAUUGUGAAACCCUUUGAGCAAGACGAAAAUGAUGCAGCACGCGUCUUCCACGUUCUAGAAUCCUUUUUGUAAGGCGUGGUCCGCUAAUGUCUAAUGAUCCAUCUUCAGAGAAGUGGUCCUAGUAGGAAAGGGGCUUUUAUUACUUUUUAAGGGGAAAAGGCACCACCUAGAAUGCUGCGUUUCCAGAAGAUGGAUUAGGGUGAGCAGCUCUAAUUUUUGCGAGAUAAGAUAAAACCAGCCGAAAUCGACUCACAUCCUGGAGUGAAGCCAGGGAAAACGAGAUGCAAGGAAGCAUUAGCAGGAUUGGCGAAGAUUUGUCGGACACAUUUUUUGGAUCCGAACACAAAUUACGCGAAGAGAAUGACGGAUGCGUACUCGUCUUCUAUUAUAAUAAUCAUCGGGUUUCGCUCUCGCUCAGAUUCAUCUCGUAGGAUAGAUUUAGGUGGUGCUAAGUAGAUCAUUGGCUUUUAUCCAAAUCCAAUGUGUGGUAGCCGAAUCAAGCAGCCGCUCGUGCAUCCACAACAAAUCGCUGCAUCCACAACAAAUACAUAUUCCUCACACGACCAGGUACCAACACCAGACCAGAGCCCUUACUUGCCAGCCAUUCGGGUCCUUUAUGCAGGGGACGCAGGUUCGGCUUUCUGACCUCGACGUGGCUGUAGUUUUCGAGAUGCUACCGCAACAUUCGGAAGCCGAAAUAGAUAGUGCGCAAUUUGUCCAGGACACUUUGCUCAUGCUUGAGAAGAUCUUCAAAGCUGAAAUCCUGAAAAGUGAGCAAGAAGCAGCGGCUAGGGCAGCGGCUGAGAGUACUUCUACUACAAACUCAAAUAGUGGUGGCGACACAACCACAACAUCAAGCACAACUCGAAACAAACUAAAACCCGCAUCGCCAUGGCGAGUACAAGACUGUCUUCCUGCAGCGAUAGUUCCGUUGUUGAAAUUGGUCUUUGAAGACGUUCUUGUGGUCGAUAUAAGCAUACGCGUCGCGAGAUAUCGGGGAGAAGAGGUAGAUACUUAUUCUUGUGGUCGAUAUAUGCAUACGCGUCGCGAGAUAUCGGGGAGAAGAGGUAGAUACUUAUUCUUGUGGUCGAUAUAUGCAUACGCGUCGCGAGAUAUCGGGGAGAAGAGGUAGAUACUUAUUCUUGUGGUCGAUAUAUGCAUACGCGUCGCGAGAUAUCGGGGAGAAGAGGUAGAUACUUAUUCUUGUGGUCGAUAUAAGCAUACGCGUCGCGAGAUAUCGGGGAGAAGAGGUAAGUAGAUACUUGGAUACUUAAAUAUAGAUGCUUCGGCUACUUAGAAGUUGUAAUAGAGGUAGAUAUAGAUAUACUCAUUUACAUUAUUAUUAAUUUGUUAAUCGUUCUUUUUGUUGCUAGAAGUGGGAUACAUGUACUCGAAGCUGAUCUAAAUAUGUUGCUCCUAGGACUAACGAUAUCCUGAGGAUCAGGAUGAUAAUCUUUAUCUUCCCUCAGGCUCAGAUUCUCAAUCCAAACUCUUUUUUCUCGUCCCCUGCUCACAGCCCGCCGCCGAGUUCGGACAGGACGCCUGCUUACACCUAGGAGCUGACAGUCCGAUCCAUCCUAUCAUUUACACGACCUCUGGCGGCGUCCCACCUUCAGAGGAUCAUGUGGUCCUAGACUUGGUGAACACUAGCUCUUGCGAUGAUAGUGUAAGAGAGAUGCGCCUCUCAAGAGGAGCUGAGCCCGCUGAUGCCAGUGCAACAAGUGCUGGCGUUGUAGGCGUUGCUGCUGCUACUUCUGCAGUUGUUGGUGCUUCAACUUCAAUGCCAUGCAGAACACUAGUAGAUGAGGAUGAUUUAGUCGUGGCUAUCGGCGACGGUGUUGGUGCAUCACUUUCAGCGCCAGCUGCUCCAUCUUCAAAUUUUGCCUCAACAUCGUUGUUGAAUAUUAAGUCCUCGGGUUGUACUAAGGGAGUAGACCAAAUUGGCAACCAGAAUACUAGUGCUGCUGACCGAGAGGAUUCUGCAGAAGAUGACGACCAAGCAGAGGAUUUCAGUUGCUCCACCGCUGGAGAAGAUAACAACAGCCUGAAGCAUGGAUCAUCACCUUUUGACAAGUUCUCUAGGUUUGACAAGACGAAGACCACAAAAGAAACAGUGAUGUCAGCGGAAGGAGGAAACGCAUCACACUUCCAGUCUACGGUCUUGCCUUCGUGCUGUGACGAUGAUGAAGGGUCAUCAUGUGAGGAGCAAAUGGGUCCUGGUGGGUCUUCUUCUUGUGAAGAAUCGGUACAGCAGGGUCCCCAGUCGUCCAAGAGUCAAGGACAGGAGUUACCUAUAGCAGCUAUUGCAUCGUCCCUUGUACCUUCGGCGAGUGCGCCAGCAGCAGUUGUUGCUGCGCAAAUAGAUGCUGGUGGAGGAACAAGCACAGGAGCCACAGGUACUUCUAGUGGCAGCAGUAGUGCUGCUGCAACUUCUUCUUCGUCAUCCUCUAGUGCAGCAGCGGCUGCGCCAUCAGGAGCCACAGCAGUAGUUGCUGCUGCCAAUGGCGUAAUAUCCUCGACUUCAUCUGCGUCUAAGAUGAUGACAAGCACAAGUAGCAUGUCCAGUACAGCUACUAGGAUCGUAUCAGCGUCAGAGGAACCUGGAGGGGGCCCUGGGACAUCUUCGUCAACCACUGGUGGGACUACUAAUAUUGGUACUAAUGCGAAAUCUACGUCGUCUUCCGCACCAAUGAUGCUGAAAAGUUCCUCUUCUGGCGGUGGAAACAUGACCUCGUCGGUCAGUGUUACAGGUGGCGCCUCAGCCUUGAACAAGAGCACGCAGAGCACGCCAUCCCAAGCGGUGAGAGCGAUUCAGAAGCAAGCGGCCCUGAUAUCCUCAACCGCAUUGGUGAAGAAGCGAGAUCAGAUCAUUAGAGCCCAGUUCGCCAGAGCGGCUGUGGUGGUGAAGAACACGGUGUACGUUGUGAAGCACUGGUCAAAAUGUGUCGGUUUGAAUUGCGCUUACAAAGGUGGGCUCAACUCGCUGUCGUGGCUGCUACUGGUAAUUUAAUAAUCAUGAAUGAUGUUGAUGACAUUUUCUACUUUCUUUUUCUUUUGUGUGUGAUAAAAAUGUGAACAAGUUGUACAUCAAGGAAGUACUAACUUACUCUUUGAAUUUAUUUUCCACUCAGUUGUUUCUUGUCAUGACUCUCUUCAACACGUAGCUGUCUUUUUUACCUCGCACCAAGUAAUCCGUUUUUUCUUCAAGUAAGAACCGUUUUUCCGUCAAAUUUGAAACUUCUUCGCCCAGGUGUUCGCUCACUACAAGAAGUGCCAUCAUCCGGUUCUCUUGAACGAAGAGGAGUUGCGCAGUCGUGGGUGGCAGUCCAAUGAAAAAAGUGACAUGAUUCCAACCUCACACCAGGCGAAGCAUAUCGCUUUUUUCUACCACUGGCUUUCGGAAUUGACGAAGAAUGCGUACUUCUUAUUUGGAUUUGCUACAGCUACAGCUAUUACACCUACUUCAUAUUCAUAAUUUUUUGCUAGUUGUAUCGAUUACAGCUACUUCAUUUAAUAUUUUGCUAGUUGUUGUAUCCGUAUGGAUCAUGUUAAUGUUAAUAAUGUUUCGAUCAUGUUAUUUUUUUUUCGAUCAUGUUAAUGUUAAUAAUGUUUCGAUCAUGUUAUUUUUUUAUCGAUCAUGUUAAUGUUAAUAAUGUUUUCGAUGGUGCAAGAACUUUUCAAAAAUUCAUCAUUGUUGUCAACUACAUUGUGUUUUUUCAUGAGCAAAUGCAGUAUAGUGAAAGUGAAACGACGUAAUUCAUCUUCUCCUGGUCUGGAAGUCCUUGUUCACGCCACUGCUACAUACCCACUGCUACCUACACUUUCAUUCCAGAAAAAGAUGCCACACUGUAAGGCUACGUAACCCUACCACCUCCCUAUCACCAUAAUCUCAUCAACCAGAUCCGUCUAUAUCGAUGCCCAAUUCGACGUGUUUGUGGAAACGGAUGAGGGCAGAACCGCGGACAGCCCAAUCCUCUACAUAGAAGAUCCGAUGCAGCGGUUUAAUAUCCACAACAACACGGCGCUGAGCUUGUUGCCACACGUACUAUUGUCCUUCGUCUUCAAGAACUAGGGUGUUGUAGUAGUUUCUCUAGAUGAAUGAUUGUUGUUAUUUUUGAGUAGGUUUUUUAGUUCUACUACUUUUCCGUAGUACUUGUUGUAUUUAAAUUGUUUCUUCACAAUGUUCUUGCUCUUUUUCUUCCCCAGGUUUGGCGUAAGAUCGGUGACAUGGCUUUGGAUGAGAUGUGGAGAUACGUGCCUUCGAGGGUUCAUGAGGUUCUCAGGGACCCUAAUCUGGAUGAGCUGAAGCGUGCAGAGUCUAUGAUUAUCUAG